GCGGCCAGUACCAACAGGCAUGUGGACCGUCAAAAGGGCCUUUUAUAUGAAUUAAAAGGAAAAGAAAAGUGACGUCGUUUUAGGGUGUGGCUCAUCUUGAAUUUUGAUAACUCUGGGGUGCCGGGGAGCGUCGUGGUGGACAAGCGCCUUACAAUGUCUUCCACUUCUCAGAACUCUGGAAUGCUCUCAAGAGACCAGCUGCUUCAUCUCUUCAACCGCUUCUCCUUCCUCACUUCUCAGCCUGAUGUGAAGAAACGGAUUGCGGACGCUGUGGAGGAUAAACAGGAAGCUGUUGCUGUAACCACUGCAAUUCAAGAAGAGAUCUUUUCGGAGAUGGGAAUUGAUCCAAGGUUUGGUAUAGCUUGCCUGGGGAAAGUCAAUAUGGUUUAUGAGAAUGAUCAGGAUUUGAUGCUUCGCUUUUAUAAAUUUGUUGCAAAGGAGGAGGUGGCAUGUGAAGAAGCCGAACUUGGACCAGAUGAAUUUGCUGAAAGAAUACAUGCUCAACACAAGCUACAGGAACAGCAACUAGAGAUGCUAAAGCACAUGCGCAAAUUUCACCUGGAUGAUCAAUCUGUAAUCCUUGAAAAGUUGCGUCAGCAGAUGGAAAAAGCCAAUUUUGAGAGUGAACCAUCAAUUUUGUCAUCAGAACAGAUUCAGGAGAUUGUUCGAAGGAGGGUAUCACCUUUGUUUAUGCCAAGGUAGAAUGGGUUCACUUGAUUUCUUUGUUUUCAAUUCUAGCUAGCUCUAUCUAAUCUUUCCCCCCAUGACGUAGUGGUAGUUUACUGUAGUCAUUACUUGUCAUAUGUGAACUAAAAUCUAAAUGUAUACACUCUUCCAUGAUUUGGAAGAGAGAAACCCAUCCGAUAUGUUGGUUGGUACAUUAAAGCUGCUAGAGGCUGUACUUUUAGUGAGAUGUUGGCUUUUAGCCAGUUUUCCUUUC